CCCUCCCCAGAGAUUCCGGACACGCGCCUAAGGAGAAGACCCGUGUGAGGCGAAGGGGCGGCGGUGAGACGCAGCUUCAGGCGCGGAAGCAAGCUAGAAGGCGGAACCCAAUACCCUAAAGGCACAGCCACCAGCGAGGCGGAGUCUGGAGAGCGGGCGUCCGGGGGAGGGGUGCGAUGGCUCUUUGUUCCCGCCCUGGAGGCGGAGCCGAGGUCGGAGCUUGCAAAACGUGGUCCGCGGUGUAACCCAACCCGGACCCUCCGCUACGGCGCUCCGACCUUGGGAAUCCUGGACCCCGACCAGCGUCGCUCUCCUUCGGCCUCCCAGCCCUGCGUAGGCGCAGGUGCAGCCGCCUUGCUGUGGGCCUGGUGCAGUAGGACUGCGGCAGCCAUGGCGCGGGGAAACGCCCCUCGGGACAGCUACCACCUGGUUGGGAUCAGCUUCUUCAUUCUGGGACUGGGCACCCUCCUCCCCUGGAACUUCUUCAUUACCGCCAUCCCGUACUUCCAGGGGCGGUUAGCAGGGACCAACAGCAGUGCUGAGACCUUGGGCACCAACCACACCAGUCCCACAGACACUUUCAACUUCAACAACUGGGUGACACUGUUGUCCCAGCUGCCUCUCCUGCUCUUCACUCUCCUCAACUCCUUCCUGUAUCAGUGCAUCCCCGAGUCGGUGCGGAUUCUGGGCAGCCUGCUGGCCAUACUACUGCUCUUUGCCCUGACAGCAGCAUUAGUGAAGGUGGACUUGAGCCCUGGGCUGUUCUUCUCUGUCACCAUGGCGUCCGUCUGGUUCAUCAAUUCCUUCUGUGCCGUGCUUCAAGGCAGCCUCUUUGGGCAGCUGGGUACCAUGCCUUCUACCUACAGCACCCUCUUCCUCAGUGGUCAGGGUCUGGCUGGGAUCUUCGCUGCCCUUGCUAUGCUCAUGUCCUUGGCCAGUGGCCUGGAUGCCCAGACCUCUGCCCUUGGAUACUUCAUCACACCCUGUGUGGGCAUCCUCCUCUCCAUCGUAUGUUACCUCAGCCUGCCCCAUCUGAAGUUUGCCCGUUACUACCUGACCGAGAAGCUGUCUCAGGCCCCAACUCAGGAGCUGGAGACCAAAGCUGAGCUCCUCCAAGCUGAUGAGAAGAAUGGGGUUCCCAUCAGCCCCCAACAGGCCAGCCCAACUCUGGAUCUUGACCCUGAGAAGGAGCCGGAGCCGGAGGAGCCACGGAAGCCAGGAAAACCUUCAGUCUUUGUUGUCUUCCGGAAGAUCUGGCUGACGGCGCUGUGCCUUGUGUUGGUCUUCACAGUCACCCUGUCGGUCUUUCCUGCCAUCACAGCCAUGGUGACCACCAGCUCCAAUAGCCCCGGGAAGUGGGGUCUGUUCUUCAACCCUAUCUGUUGCUUCCUGCUCUUCAACGUCAUGGAUUGGCUGGGCCGGAGCCUGACCUCCUACUUCCUAUGGCCAGAUGAGGACAGCCAGCAGCUGCUGCCCCUGCUGGUGUGCCUGCGUUUCCUGUUCGUCCCACUCUUCAUGCUGUGCCACGUGCCCCAGCACGCCCGGCUGCCCAUCAUCUUCAGGCAGGAUGCCUACUUCAUCACCUUCAUGCUGCUCUUCGCUGUUUCCAACGGCUACUUGGUGUCUCUCACCAUGUGCCUGGCACCCAGGCAGGUGUUGCCGCAUGAGAGGGAAGUAGCCGGAGCCCUCAUGACCUUCUUCCUGGCCCUGGGACUCUCCUGCGGAGCCUCCCUUUCCUUCCUCUUCAAGGCUUUACUCUGAGGACCACCAGUGCUCCACACAGUCCUCCCCUCAGUGCAGCUUGUGGAGUUGGGACGUUCACAGGGAAGGACCUCCAAUAUACCUGGUCUCUUGGUCUGUGGGUACGUGGCUUACGUGGCUGGCAGCCUCGGUGCAUAUGGUGAGGAGGAGUCCACCAUUGGUCACUCUGCCUCUCAGCUAGGAGUGACACGGGACACAGAAACCUGGAGCCCACAGAGAUGCACAAAAGGGCAAGUUGGAAGGCAGCUGUCGGGGAAGCAGGUGCAGGGCCCUUCACUGCCCUCCUGACUACAUUUCUUCAUCAGUCCACCCACUGACCCCAGGGAGCAAAGCCAGCUGUAGGUCUUGCUUAGGACCCUCGGCUCAGAGUGGGACCUGGGACCAGCUCCAGAGCGUCAGCCCCUUCUCACCCACAGGCCCUGAGAGGGCAUGAAGUGUCAUGGAAACUGAGGGGAAGAGAAAGCUCAAAGGACCUCUGAGCCUCCAACAGGGUUUUCUCGAAGCCAACGCCCCUAGAAUCCAGAUGGGCCUGUCUGACAGAAAGGCAGUUGGCCUGCAUGUGUUGUGCACUGCACUUUACAGUUUGCAAAGUUUUUCCAGAACCACUCACAGAAGCCUCUGUGAGGCCUUUGGAACAAGCUGGGCAGGGAUCAUCCCCAGGUGGGAUUUGACUGUCUAUGGAAGAUUAAGGCGAUGGCCUUCAUCGCCUUCCUUGUAGGUGCUGCCCCUGAGGCCCGCCACUUGCUUCUUUUCCUCAGAGGUCUCCAGGCAGGUGCCCUUGGCACUUGCUACUGUGUUUUUGCCCCAUUUCUCCUCCGACCCUGCUCCUGCAUCCAAUUAAAACUGUUCAUUUCUACGAUGGA